AUGUUCCUUAAAACACUUCAAGAUUUAAAAGAUAUAAUAGUUACCAAACCCGGUGUUUAUGAUGUUUAUUUGAAAACAAAUGAACCGGUUUCAGAAGAAAAAAUUCAAAUAUGGGAGUCGCUUAACAACUUAACUUUGCCAAAUGAUUUAAAAGACUUUUAUCUGACUACUAAUGGCAUCGAGCUUGGAUGGUACUGUAUUUGUAAUGAAAAAACAUCUGUAGCUGGACUAAUCAAGAUAAAUAAACUAGAGGAUUUCAAAUCCAUAAAAUUAAGUUGCAUGCAUCUUGAUGGAGAGGCAAAAAACGACGAUUUUGAGGUAUUUGUAAACAGUUUCCUGGGCCCUGGAUUCAAUAGAUGGCCGACUAGUUAUGAACUAGAAAAGUGUCUGAAUGGCACUACGGUUAUUUUUGUUUUUAGUGAUAAUCAAGAAGGUGUUUUUAUUUUAAAUAAUGAUUUGAGUAUUCACAAGAUUUGCUGCACAUUUCGGCAGUACAUCAGAUUAGCAGUUGUACAUUUAGGCUUACAAGAUUGGCAACUUUGGUACACUGACGAUGAUCCAAUUCCAAGUAGCCAACAAUUAUGUUCUUUAUACACACCUGAACGUUUGUUUCUGAAUACACGUGAAUCUCACGAACAAUUUUCAGCGAACUUAGAAGACUGGGUUCCUGUUUCCCUUAACUCCAGGAAACUACUGAACUUUGAAUUUUCUAGUAGGACGAAUCGUUCUAAUUCUUUUGGAAAAACUACCGUUCAAUCGGAUAUGUCGAACAAACACGGAAGUUCUACUGACUUAUGGGAUUCAAGAUCAAAUGUUAUUGUGAAUACUGGUAGAAGUGAUAUUCGUGAAUUCUUUGAACUCAUAACUAAAAUACCAUUAUCGUUCCACUUAACAUCAUCAUGCUCAUCAUCAUCAUCAUCAUCAUCAUCAUCAUCAUCAUCAUCAUCAUCAUCAUCAUCAUCAUCAUCAUCAUCAUCAUCAUCAUCAUCAUCAUCAUCAUCAUCAUCAUCAUCAUCAUCAUCAUCAUCAUCAUCAUCAUCAUCAUCAUCAUCAUCAUCAUCAUCAUCAUCAUCAUCAUCAUCAUCAUCAUCAUCAUCAUCAUCAUCAUCAUCAUCAUCAUCAUCAUCAUCAUCAUCAUCAUCAUCAUCAUCAUCAUCAUCAUCAUCAUCAUCAUCAUCAUCAUCAUCAUCAUCAUCAUCAUCAUCAUCAUCAUCAUCAUCAUCAUCAUCAUCAUCAUCAUCAUCAUCAUCAUCAUCAUCAUCAUCAUCAUCAUCAUCAUCAUCAUCAUCAUCAUCAUCAUCAUCAUCAUCAUCAUCAUCAUCAUCAUCAUCAUCAUCAUCAUCAUCAUCAUCAUCAUCAUCAUCAUCAUCAUCAUCAUCAUCAUCAUCAUCAUCAUCAUCAUCAUCAUCAUCAUCAUCAUCAUCAUCAUCAUCAUCAUCAUCAUCAUCAUCAUCAUCAUCAUCAUCAUCAUCAUCAUCAUCAUCAUCAUCAUCAUCAUCAUCAUCAUCAUCAUCAUCAUCAUCAUCAUCAUCAUCAUCAUCAUCAUCAUCAUCAUCAUCAUCAUCAUCAUCAUCAUCAUCAUCAUCAUCAUCAUCAUCAUCAUCAUCAUCAUCAUCAUCAUCAUCAUCAUCAUCAUCAUCAUCAUCAUCAUCAUCAUCAUCAUCAUCAUCAUCAUCAUCAUCAUCAUCAUCAUCAUCAUCAUCAUCAUCAUCAUCAUCAUCAUCAUCAUCAUCAUCAUCAUCAUCAUCAUCAUCAUCAUCAUCAUCAUCAUCAUCAUCAUCAUCAUCAUCAUCAUCAUCAUCAUCAUCAUCAUCAUCAUCAUCAUCAUCAUCAUCAUCAUCAUCAUCAUCAUCAUCAUCAUCAUCAUCAUCAUCAUCAUCAUCAUCAUCAUCAUCAUCAUCAUCAUCAUCAUCAUCAUCAUCAUCAUCAUCAUCAUCAUCAUCAUCAUCAUCAUCAUCAUCAUCAUCAUCAUCAUCAUCAUCAUCAUCAUCAUCAUCAUCAUCAUCAUCAUCAUCAUCAUCAUCAUCAUCAUCAUCAUCAUCAUCAUCAUCAUCAUCAUCAUCAUCAUCAUCAUCAUCAUCAUCAUCAUCAUCAUCAUCAUCAUCAUCAUCAUCAUCAUCAUCAUCAUCAUCAUCAUCAUCAUCAUCAUCAUCAUCAUCAUCAUCAUCAUCAUCAUCAUCAUCAUCAUCAUCAUCAUCAUCAUCAUCAUCAUCAUCAUCAUCAUCAUCAUCAUCAUCAUCAUCAUCAUCAUCAUCAUCAUCAUCAUCAUCAUCAUCAUCAUCAUCAUCAUCAUCAUCAUCAUCAUCAUCAUCAUCAUCAUCAUCAUCAUCAUCAACAACAACAAGAACAACAAAACGAUGA